UUCACCCCUAUAUCAUAUGGUUUUCAUCCAAAUUAUGGAUCAAAAUGUUAUUGAUAAUGAGGUCACAUCUACUGAUUAUAGCAAAAUUUUUAAAAAAUGGGUUAUUAAAGAAGAUGAAGCUAUUGCCGCCAGAUUGCAAAAUAAUGAAUUUUCAGAUCUUUUUGAUAAAAAUAGGAUAAAUCGGGUAGAAAAUCGAAAAAUUAUUGAUCUAGAUACUAAAAAAGCGAAAGAAUUGCAAAAAAUAGAAUCAAAUAAAAACAAUAAGAACUGUAUAAAGAAGAACCUUGUGCAACAUGAUCAUAUUAAUUCUAAUUUACAAAAACCUUGCUCACAUAAUGAACAAUCAGAUUAUGAACUUGCCUUAAAGUUACAAGAAAUAGAAGAUCAAAAGGGAAAAUCUGAUAUUUGAAUAUCUUCUUAAAAAACAAACUCAGGAGACUCUAACGUAAUUCAAAUUGACCAGUGAAAUAUUGAUUUAUAUACUAUUAGAAUAAUAUAUUGUUGUAUUUAUAUAAAGAAAAAUAUAUUUUAUACAUUUUGUACCAAAAUAAUGCAUUAAUAAUAUAUUACUACUACUACCAUGUAUAUAUUUAAUUUUAGUAAAAGAUAAAUAUUAUAAUGAUCCCAAUAGCUAAUUAAUUAUCUAAAAUGUAUUAUAUAUUUAUAAUAA